AUGUACGUAUUUGUUAAUGUCUUCGUCGACCAACAACUAGCAAGGUUUAUAAAUGGAUUUCGUAUAUUUUAUGCGCCGGAAAUAAUUAUUUUCGUUGUGUUGAUCACAUCUUGUUUUUACCUGUAUAAUAUUGGACAUAGAUUUCACGUUGUAAGCUCCUUGUGGCAGUACUUACCACCUACAUUGAACGCUGUGCCGGGCAAGUGGACGAACAACGAAAUAAUUGCGCUUGUGGAAUGUAUAAGGCUAUUGCACGCAGAACUUUCCGAACUGAUAAGGCUGUUUAGUCGUGCCUACGGCCCGGUGCUUUUAAUGUAUUAUGUCUUAACAUUUCUCCAUGCCGUGUACGAAACGAUUUUUUUAGUAAUAUUUAAGGAUGGCAAUCUCGCAGUGAGUGUAGUUCCGUUAAUUUUUUAUGUAAAUCACAUUUUUAACAUGGUGUCAAUCCUCUUCAUCGCAACGUGGGUAAUUGAAAAGAAAAGUAAUAUUAUAACACACUUGCGAUCGAUGCGAAUUUCUGAAAUACCAGCUGAAACAAAAUUACAAGUUAAAUUAUUUAUGAAUCAAAUAUCAUUAUAUGAGCAAAAAGAACUGACAGCAUUUGGAUUAUUUAAUUUGAAUUUGAGAUUGAUUACUUCUAUGUCAGUAUUAUUGAUAAUGGUGCUCUCUACAAUGAUUCAAAUGAAAAACCAUCCUAUUUUUAACUUAUUACAUAAUUUAUUAGGAGUCCAAUUCAAAAUCAAUCCUUAA